AUGGCUCCCGGAGAGAAGAUCAAAGCCAAAAUCAAGAAGAAUCUGCCCGUGAGAGGCCCUCAGGCACCCACCAUCAAGGACCUGAUGCGGUGGUACUGCCUCAACACCAACACCCACGGCUGCCGCCGCAUCGUGGUGUCCCGCGGCCGCCUCCGUCGCCUCAUCUGGAUCGGGAUCACGCUGAUGGCGGUGGCCCUCAUUAUCUGGCAGUGCGCGCUCCUCGUGUGCUCUUUCUACACUGUCUCCGUCUCCAUCAAGGUCCACUUCCAGAAGCUGGAUUUCCCCGCUGUCACCAUCUGCAACAUGAACCCCUACAAGUACAGUGCCGUGCGUGACCUUCUGGCUGACCUGGACAAGGAGACCAGAGAGGCCUUGAAGUCCCUAUUUGGCUUUUCAGAGGUGAACUCUCGGAAACGUCGGGAGGCAGAACCCUGGGAAGGCAUCCAGCCCAAAUUCCUCAACGUGGUCCCGCUGCUGGUCUUCAACAAGGAGGAGAGGGGCAAGGCCAGGGACUUCAUCACGGGCCGGAAGCGGAAAGUGAGAGGGAAAAUCAUUCACAAGGCUUCCAACGUCGUGCAUGUCCACGACUCCAAGGAGGUGGUGGGGUUCCAACUGUGUUCCAACGACACCUCGGACUGUGCCACCUACACCUUCAGCUCGGGCAUCAACGCCAUCCAGGAGUGGUACAAGCUGCAUUACAUGAACAUCAUGGCCCAGGUGCCUCUGGAGAAGAAGAUCAACAUGAGCUACUCUGCAGAGGAGCUGCUGGUCACCUGCUUCUUUGACGGGAUGUCCUGCAAUGCCAGGAACUUCACACUCUUCCACCAUCCCAUGUAUGGGAAUUGCUACACGUUCAACAACAGAGAAAACGAGAGCAUCCUCAGCACCUCCAUGGGGGGCAGUGAGUACGGGCUGCAGGUCAUCCUGUACAUAAAUGAAGAAGAGUACAACCCCUUCCUUGUGUCCUCCACGGGGGCCAAGGUGCUCAUCCAUCGGCAGGAUGAAUAUCCCUUCAUUGAAGACGUGGGAACCGAGAUCGAGACCGCAAUGUCAACCUCCAUUGGAAUGCAUCUGACGGAGUCCUUCAAGCUGAGCGAGCCCUACAGCCAGUGCACAGAGGACGGGGGUGACGUGCCAGUCAGAAACAUCUACAACGCUGCCUACUCCCUCCAGAUCUGCCUUUACUCCUGCUUCCAGACAAAGAUGGUGGAGAAAUGUGGGUGUGCCCAGUACAGCAAGCCCCUGCCUCCGGCUGCCAGCUACUGCAACUACCAGCAGCACCCUAACUGGAUGUACUGUUACUACCAGCUGUACCAGGCCUUUGUCCAAGAAGAGCUGGGCUGCCAGUCGGUGUGUAGAGAAACCUGCAGCUUUAAGGAAUGGACCCUGACCACCAGCCUGGCACAGUGGCCAUCAGAGGUUUCAGAGAAAUGGUUGCUGCCUGUCCUCAACUGGGAUCAAAGCCAACAAAUAAACAAAAAGUUCAACAAGACGGAUUUGGCCAAACUCCUGAUAUUCUACAAAGACCUGAACCAGAGAUCCAUCAUGGAGAGCCCGGCCAACAGUAUCGAGAUGCUUCUGUCCAACUUUGGUGGCCAGCUGGGCCUGUGGAUGAGCUGCUCCGUCGUCUGCGUCAUCGAGAUCAUUGAGGUGUUCUUCAUUGACUCCUUCUCCAUCAUUGCCCGUCGCCAAUGGCAGAAAGCGAAGGAAUGGUGGGCCCGGAAGCAGGGACCCUCCUGUUCCGAGGCUCCUCCCCCUAGGCAGCAGGGCCAGGACAAUCCGGCCCUCGAUAUAGACGAUGACCUGCCCACUUUCACCUCUGCAUUACGUCUGCCUCCAGCCCCGGGAGCCCAGGUGCCUGGCACACCACCCCCAAGAUACAACACCCUGCGCUUGGAGAGGGCCUUCUCCAGCCAGCUCUCAGACACCGAGGUGCCUGAGGAGCCCUGA